UAUUGCAGUCGUCACAGUUCAGUGUUCUUAAUCUGUGCGUCCAUGUACACGUAUAUGUCCUUUAUUACACUCUAUUAAAUAGAGUAAAUAUCGUUAAUAACUGUUUGCAUCCGGUUAUAUUAGUCUGAGCGCACUUUGAUGCUUCUCGAGCUAGCUUAGCCUGCUAGUUAGCUUAGCUUGUUAGCUGCUAACAAAGAGAGGCGGAAGUGAUCAAAACACAUCGCUAAGCAGAGAUCAAGUGUGAGUGUAAAGUGUUGUGAUUGUGUGAAAAUGUGCGAAAGAACGAUAGCAGAGUACGAGGAGGAACUUUGUCCAACAAAAGAGGAGAAGGAGCGACGACAUCAAAAACAUCAAGUUGUGUUACACAGAACAGACAUCCAUCAGCUGAUUGGACACCAAGAAGAAUGUCUCCCUCAUCUGCAGGGGGACAGUUUCACUUUAGAGGAUCCACAGCCCUCACAUUUUAAAGGGGACAAGGAGGAUCCACAGCCCCCCUAUUUUAAAGAGGAAGAGGUGGGAGAGUGUCCUGUAGGGCAGGAGGAGGCUGAUCUCACCAAGUUUCCACUGACUGUUGUCUCUGUGAAGACUGAAGAGCAUGAAGACAAACCACCUGAGUCCUCACAGCUUCAUCACAGUCCAAACGUCUGUAAAGAACAUCUUCACCCUGAGCAACAGAAGUGGAGCUUCAGGAUGCGGACGGAGGAGCCACAGCCCUCCCACAUUAAAAAGGAAGAGGAAUACCCACUGAUCCCCCAUUUUAAAAAGGAAGAGGAACACCAACUGAUCCCCCAUUUUAAAGAGGAAGAGGAGGACCCACUGACACCCCAUUUUAAAGAGGAAGAGGUGGAUCCACUGACCCCUCACAUUAAGGACGAAGAGGAGGAACACAGCAUCAGUCAGCAGGGAGAGCAUCUUGAAGGACUGGAGGAGGUUGAUGUCACCAAGAUGCCAGUGACUGGUGUCCCUGUGAAGAGUGAAGGUGAUGAGGUCAAAGAUGAAAGUGAGGAGAAGAGAGAGGCGGAGCCUCCAAGCAGCAGCUCAACUCAACACAUGACAACAGAAGCUGAUGGAGACCACUGUGGAGGAUCACAAGCAGACAAGCUCUUAGCUCCACUAUCAGAUAGUGAGGACACAACGUCACACUCUCCUGACACUGAUGAUGAAGACUCUAAAGAUGAUAAGACAUGUCACACUGACAACACACACUUCACAUGUUCUCACUGCGACAAAACUUUUAAAUACCCUAGUAAUUUGAAAACACACAUGAGAAUACACACUGGAGAAAAACCAUUUUUAUGCUCAAUCUGUGGUAAAGGUUUUAUACAAAGUGUUUAUUUGAAAAAACACAUGAGAACACACACUGGAGAAAAACCUUUUUCAUGUUCAAUCUGCGGUAAAGACCUUACUCGAAGGGACCAUUUCAAAGCACACAUGAGAAUACACACUGGAGAAAAACCUUUUUCCUGCUCAGAAUGUGGUAAAAGUUUUGUAGUAAGUCGAAGUUUAAAAGUACACAUGAGAACACACACUGGUGAAAAGCCUUUUUCAUGUUCAAUCUGCGGUAAAGAUUUUAAUCAAAAGCACCAUUUCAAAGCACACGUGAGAAUACACACUGGAGAAAAACCUUUUUCCUGCUCAGAAUGUGGUAAAAGUUUUGUAAGAAAUACACAUUUAAAAUCACACAUGAGAACACACACAAGUGAAAGACCAUACUCCUGUUCAAGCUGCAACAAAAGCUUAUGUCACCUAAAAUCUUUUAAAGCACACAUGAGGACACACACAGGAGAGAAAGUGUUGAGUUGCAGUGUGUGUGGUGAAAGAUUCUCUUCUAAGUACCAGUGUAAGAAACACAAGUGUGCUGGUGAGAACAGCAGCAGCCCCAUCGCUAAGCAGAGAUCAAGUGUGAGUGUAAAGUGUUGUGAUUGUGUGAAAAUGUGCGAAAGAACGAUAGCAGAGUACGAGGAGGAACUUUGUCUAACAAAAGAGGAGAAGGAGCGACAACAUCAAAAACAUCAAGUUGUGUUACACAGAACAGACAUCCAUCAGCUGAUUGAACACCAAGAAGAAUGUCUCCCUCAUCUGCAGGGGGACAGUUUUACUUCAGAGUAUCCACAGACCUCACAUUUUAAAGGGGACGAGGAUGAUCCACAGCCCCCUUAUAUUAAAGAGGAAGAGGAGGGAGAGUGUCCUGUAGGGCAGGAGGAGGCUGAUCUCACCAAGUUUCCACUGACUGUUGUCUCUGUGAAGACUGAAGAGCAUGAAGACAAACCACCUGAGUCCUCACAGCUUCAUCACAGUCCAAACGUCUGUGAAGAACAUCUUCUCUCUGAGCAACACAAGUGGAGCUUCAGGAUGGACAAGGAGGAGCCACAGCCCUUCCACAUUGAGGAAGAAGAGGCGCCACAUACAUUACAAAUGCAAAGGGAAGAAAAUAACCCACUGACCUCCCAUUUUAAAGAGGAAGAGGAGGAACACAGCAUCAGUCAAGAAUGGUUGGAGGAGUUCCAUGUGAUUGUGAAGAGUGAAGAUGAUGAGGUCGACAGUGAAAGUGAGGAGAAGAGAGAGGCGGAGCCUCCAAGCAGCAGCUCAACUCAACACAUGACAACAGAAGCUGAUGGAGACCACUGUGGAGGAUCACAAGCAGACAAGCUCUUAGCUCCACUAUCAGAUAGUGAGGACACAACGUCACACUCUCCUGACACUGAUGAUGAACACUCUAAAGAUGAUAAGACAUGUCACACUGACAACACACACUUCACAUGUUCUCACUGCGACAAAACUUUUAAAUAUGCUUGUUAUCUGAAAAGACACAUGAGAACACACACUGGAGAAAAACCUUGCUCCUGCUCAGAAUGUGGUAAAAGUUUUGUAACAAAUGGAAAUUUGAAAUCACACAUGAGAACACACACUGGAGAAAAACCUUUUACCUGCUCAGAGUGUGGUAACAGUUUUGUAACAAAUGGAAAUUUGAAAUCACACAUGAGAACACACACUGGAAAAAAAUAUUUUUCCUGCUCAGAAUGUGGUAAAAGUUUUGUAAUGAAUCAAAAUUUAAAAGUACACAUGAGAACACACACUGGUGAAAAACCUUUUUCGUGUUCAAUCUGUGGUAAAGAUUUUACUCAAAGGCCCCAUUUCAAAGCACACAUGAGAACACACACUGGAGAAAAACCUUUUUCAUGUUCAAUCUGCGGUAAAGAUUUUACACAAAGGCAAUAUUUGAAAACACACAUGAGAAUACACACUGGAGAAAAACCUUUUUCCUGCUCAGAAUGUGGUAAAGGGUUUGUAACAAAUCAAAGUUUAAAAGUACACAUGAGAACACACACUGGAGAAAAACCUUUUACCUGCUCAGAAUGCAGUAAAAGAUUUGCACGAAAACAUGACUUAAAAACACACAAGAGAACACACACUGGUGAAAAACCUUUUAUAUGUUCAGUAUGUGGUAAAAGUUAUAUAGAAAGACAGCAAUUAAAAUUACACAUGAGAACGCACUCUGGUGAAAAACCAUACUCCUGUUCAAUCUGCAACAAAUGCUUUCUUCACCCAAAAUCUUUUACAGUACACAUGAGAACACACACAGGAGAGAAAGUGUUGAGUUGCAGUGUGUGUGGUGAAAGAUUCUCUUAUAAGUACCAGUGUAAGAAACACAAGUGUGCUGGUGAGAACAGCAGCAGCAAAUGAAGAUGCAGGAUUUGAAAUAAACUGUCAAAACUUUAUAACUUUGACUUUCUAACAUCAGCACAUAUAACAUGUGUGACAUCAUUGUUGUGUGUGUAACACAAUCUUGUUAAUAUGAUUCUAACAUUUAUAGAUUAGACACUUCAGAUUAGUGCUUUUAUUUCAGUCAAGUACAUGAGUUAAUAUACACAUUUGUGUACUUUAAAAUGAACAGAACAAUUUGACUGAAAAGCUGAGAAUAAACACUACAUAAAAUGUUACAUACUGUUCUGUCUUGUUUGUUGAAUUUAUUAAUAAUAUAUGUAAAACCAGUGUUUAAGUUCACUUUGGAAUUCAACAGUGAGGUGCACUUCCUCCUUUAGACAGCAGGAGGCAGCAUUGCCUAGUUUACAGUAAUGUCCAUGAUAGCAGGGCACAAGAAGGAGUUCCUUUCAAGUAGACUUUAAGCUAGUUCAGUGACGAUCGCAAACGUUUUCAUCUGUUCGAAUCUCAUGCCAAACAAAGUAUCAUCGGUAUGUAUUAUUGAGUAGUAUGCUAAUAUUUGAUCUAGUUGUAUUAUUUGUUGGUUGUGAUGUAAUUUGGGACGUUUUAUGGCCAAAAGUCAGUCAUGCUAAUUUUCGGAAUUCAUACAGUGAAGUGGAUGUUAGCAUAGUAAGCUAGUUUGCUGUAGAGCACUUAAAUUACAUAUUUUGUGGCGUUUAUUUAUCCAUUUAAGUUCAAUACACAGCAUAAUGCAUGUUUAUUGUAGUGGGCUUGUGUGUGUGUAAUUGGCUGUUUGUGCAUGUCUGUAAUGUAAGCAUCCUUUCUGCUUGUAUGCUUUCAGUUUUACCCUUUUUACGGUCAAUAAACCUGUGGAAAAGAAGACGUUUUUCAGAGUGUUUGAUCAAGAAAAGUUGUUAGGGUAAAGACAAGAUAUUUCUACAUAUCGA